GACGACAAGGACAAGAAGGACAAAAAGGACAAGAAAGAGGAGGAUGACAAGAAGGAUAAGAAGGACAAGAAAGACGCCAAAGAUAAGAAAAAGAAGAAAGAUGCGGUGCAGCUCAACCAGAAAGAGAAGCUGCAGGUGCAAAACCUGAUCAAGAACAUGAUCUACGGAGAGUCCGGCAAGAACAAGACGAUCACCACCGGAUGGGUGAACUUGGUGGAUGAGAAAGACAUUCCCAGGUUGACUCCCUGGGAGUUCCAGCUGGCGCACAUCAUGCGAACGUCCAUGGCGCUGGAGUACAGCGCCAAGAAGAAGAAGGAGGUUCCCGACCUCAACCUCUACUACGAGAUGUGCCAGUCCUUAGCCGACGCCAUCGGCCUCAUCAAGAAGCAGUACUCCUUUGAGUUCCCACAGAACUCCCUGGAGGAUAUCUUGCCGCUACAGGACGCCCUGGCCCUGCAGACUCGCUUCCGCGAGGGCUCCGUGGCAGGGGCCAAGUUCGAUCUCCUGUGGUACCUCCAGAAUGGCGCCCAUCUGCUGGCUGGCAGUGGCUUCGCCAAGAAGCACCGCACCACGGUCUUCAAGCCGUUCAAGAUCCAGGAGCUGAUGAUCGAUGCCAUCCUCCAGCCAGGACCGCAGCUGGUCUUCGGCAUCGCACCGCCUGGCACGGGCAAGACCGCCGUCGUGUCUCACAUUCU